CUGGGCCCAGGCGAAGCUCCCCAAGCUGCCGCGGCGGAGGUCGAGGCCGGGGACCCGGAGCCGACCCGGGAGUUGCCCGACCCGGAGGAACCGGAGGCGAGGUUCUGGCCGGAGCGCCGAGCUCCCGCCGCUGUGCCGCGCCGUGACCCCGUGCCCAGGCGCCGUCCGAGCCGUGUCUGUUCCGGAGGCAGUUGGUGGGGGCGCGGCGGCGGCGGCGGCGGCGUUGGGGGUGGGGAGAGGUGCGGCGCGGAGACGAGAGGUCAGCGAGUUUGAGCUCGGGCCGAGAGCUGUGCCGCGGUCAUGUCCGAGGAGCCGAGCGCCCUGCCCUGGUCCAUCAACCGGGACGACUACGAGCUGCAGGAGGUGAUCGGGAGUGGAGCAACUGCUGUGGUCCAAGCAGCUUAUUGUGCCCCUAAGAAGGAGAAAGUUGCAAUCAAAAGGAUAAACCUUGAGAAAUGUCAGACUAGCAUGGAUGAACUCCUGAAAGAAAUUCAAGCCAUGAGCCAGUGUCAUCAUCCUAAUAUUGUGUCUUACUACACAUCUUUUGUGGUAAAAGAUGAGCUGUGGCUAGUUAUGAAACUGCUAAGUGGAGGUUCUGUUCUGGAUAUAAUUAAAUACAUUGUGGCAAAGGGAGAGCACAAAAGUGGAGUCCUAGAUGAGCCUACCAUUGCUACGAUACUUAAAGAAGUGCUGGAGGGGUUGGAAUACCUGCACAAAAAUGGACAGAUUCACAGAGAUGUGAAAGCUGGAAAUAUUCUUCUUGGAGAAGAUGGCUCAGUGCAGAUUGCAGACUUUGGGGUUAGUGCCUUUUUAGCAACCGGUGGCGAUAUUACCCGAAAUAAAGUCCGGAAGACUUUUGUGGGCACACCUUGCUGGAUGGCACCUGAAGUUAUGGAACAGGUUCGAGGUUAUGAUUUCAAAGCUGACAUCUGGAGUUUCGGGAUCACGGCAAUUGAACUGGCCACAGGGGCAGCUCCUUACCAUAAAUAUCCGCCAAUGAAGGUUUUAAUGCUGACACUGCAGAAUGAUCCUCCUUCUUUGGAAACUGGUAUUCAAGAUAAAGAAAUGCUGAAAAAAUAUGGAAAAUCAUUUAGAAAAAUGAUUUCAUUGUGCCUUCAAAAGGAUCCAGAAAAAAGACCUACAGCAGCAGAAUUAUUAAGGCACAAAUUUUUUCAAAAAGCAAAGAACAAAGAAUUUCUUCAAGAAAAAAUACUGCAGAGAGCGCCAACCAUUUCUGAAAGAGCUAAAAAGGUUCGGAGAGUCCCGGGUUCCAGUGGCCGUCUUCAUAAGACAGAGGAUGGAGGCUGGGAGUGGAGUGAUGAUGAAUUUGAUGAGGAAAGUGAGGAAGGGAAAGCAGCAAUUUCACAACUCAGGUCUCCCCGAGUGAAAGAGUCAUUAUCAAAUUCUGAGCUCUUUCCUACAACUGAACCAGUGGGUACCUUACUUAAAGUUCCAGAACAAAUUCCUGCUCGUCUACCUCAACCAGCUGGGCAGAUUCCUGCACAGCCAACUCAAGUCUCUGUCCCACCCCCUGCGGAGCCAGCAAAAACAACUCAGGCUCCGUCUUUAGGAGCAAGCUCACAAGAAACCAAGAUCCCCAUUAGUCUAGUUCUAAGAUUAAGGAAUUCAAAAAAAGAAUUAAAUGAUAUUCGAUUUGACUUUACUCCUGGGAGAGAUACAGCGGAGGGUGUCUCUCAGGAACUCAUUUCUGCUGGCCUGGUUGAUGGAAGGGAUUUAGUAAUAGUGGCAGCUAAUUUGCAGAAAAUUGUGGAAGAACCUCAGUCAAAUCGAUCUGUCACUUUCAAACUGGCAUCUGGUGUCGAAGGUUCAGAUAUUCCUGAUGAUGGUAAACUAAUAGGAUUUGCCCAGCUCAGCAUCAGCUAAACCGGCCCUGAAAGAGGCGGCUCGCGGAGACUCCACACACGCGUCUCUCUUUUGCUUCUGUUGGCUUCAACCCACUACUGCCAAAGAACCCAGCAACAUGCCUCCCAGCAAAGAGCUUUAGAGGUCUUUCUUUACGUCUCUCCUGCCAUCCACCCCUGUUUUUCCCCACAGGGAAAGGAAAGUUGGAUCACCGGUGGCCGGCACCCCGAGAAUUCCGUUAGUAAACUGCCUGUGUCCUCCGCCUUCGUCCAUCCACGCCAUGGCCCUGUGCUUGGCCCCAGGAGACAGCACUGUCCUCUUGUUGCAGUGACGGCUGGCACGAGAGGCAAAGGAGCAGCUCCAUGGACUCUCACCUCCUGUCCCUUUUCCCUCCCUGGCCAGUGGGAGCAUCUGGGCAUGUCUCCACUGCUGAAGUAGCUGUUAGAAUCUAGAAACCCAGAGAGUUUGAAUUUAGUGGGAUUUUUUUUUUUUUUGUAGUGAGGAAGAUGGUUUGUUUAGGUUUUUUGGGUGGGUUGGUUUGGUUUUUUUUUUUUGCCUCUGAUGUGAAUUCUAACAACAUUUGUUAGGAAAAAGCACAACCUCAGAUAGAGGCAACCAAAACCAUAUUCUUGUUUUGUUCGUGAUUAUUUCUAGGCGUUUUGCUGGAGCUGCUCUCAGGCACCCCUCAUCUUUGCUCCCUCUCAGAAGGGGCGCUAGCCUUAACUUCAGCUGGUGCAAAACAUCUGACUGUGGUCACACUUCAGCCCCUGGUUCUUUUACGGGGGUACUUUGGACUGUUUUUAGAGAAAAACAUCAAGUUUCUAAAACAUUAAUUUUCCCAGAGGUGGUUCUUGAACAACAACAAAAAUCAUAUCUCAUAUUAUUGUGCAAGUAUUUAUUUUCAAAUCUAAAGCAAAUUUAAUUGGAGAAAAAGUGCUCCUUGAUCCUCCCGUGAAAAUCAGUUUGCCUGGCCUCCACAUCAUGAGGAGAAAUGCAAGGUUGAAAUUCUACAGCAAUAAAGGAGACUCAAACUGGCCCAGAGGCCUGCCUUCUGCCCCUCUCUGCACUGACCCUUCGGAGGGGCCACACUUCCACACUGCACGGGACCCAGGAUGGAAAGUGAAACCACAUGUGCCGUGACCUUUCGGAUUUAUGAAUGGACAGUGUUCAUUUGAUUUUCUACAGAAAUAAUAUAAACGAUUCUUUCGGUUAAAAAAGUGCACUCAUAAUGCAAUAUGUGAAUAAUCAGUGGGGUUGAUUUUUUUUCUCUUCCUACUGUUUCACAAUCAAAACUUUGUUUAACAGGCUUUGUAUAUGAAAGGGAUACUCAAUUUGGCCUUAAAACAACCCUUGGAGGGACCCUGUGCCCAUGAAGAGAGGAGAGUUGCCUCUUAGAGAAAUAUUCCAGCCCUUUCCAUCAUGGUUGGUUUGUGAAUAACAAGAUUACUGUACCCAUUUCUUAAAACCGCUGAGUAUCUCUGGAAGCUUUCCCCACACUGACUUGCCAUGUUCUGUUUUGUUUUGUUUUGUUGUUGUUUCUUCUGAGUAGUUUUAGAUGUGGGUUUUCUUUACCUGCCCUGUCUGCAAAGGCUUGUAGGGAACAAGAGUGGAUGCUAGCAAGGAUGGGGGUUGAGUCUGGGAUGGGAAUGGGGAGGAAUGUGGAUUAGAGAGUCUGAGCCUGGUGAAGAAAGAAGGUUGAGGUGCUUGCUGGAAAGA